AUGAGCCAUUAAAAACCAAAACAAAACAAAAAUUAAUAAUUGUAUAUCUACUGUACAAUGGGCGGCACUCGUUGCACUUUUCGAGAUUGCAAAGUCUCUUCAAACCGCAAUCCGUCGAUGCACUUCUUCAAGUUUCCCGUACGCGACCCGCAGCAGUUGGAAAAAUGGCAACAAAUUUGCGCUAAUAAAGAGAUUUUAAAAGUGUCUCAAGAUAAGCUGGCCAACAGGGCUGUGUGCGCACGCCAUUUUCGCAUUGAAUGCUUUAUGAACUAUAAAAUGGACCGGCUCAUUGCUAAGCAGACGCCGACAUUGAUGCGAGUGAACAAGGAUCUCGCGUGGGACUUUGAAUCUCUGGACGAGAACGGCGAACCAAGGCUUGUAAAAUUGGCUUCUCCCACUUUGGCACAUCUGAAGCCACCAGAGGGGUUCGAGUGUCCUCUAGGAUAUGAUAUGUCCGACGCUGCUGGAGACGUGAUUAACUUGGAUCAAUUGGUAAAUAAGAGAUCCGCUGCAACCUUACCAGAGAGGGCAAUCAAAAGGCGGAUGGUGGAUUGUACCAAGGAAAAGGAGCAGGAGCUGCACCAAAUCAGUACUACAAUUUCAUCAGAAAUGAUUGACUUGCCUCGAAAUGGAUUGCAAACGCAAACAAAACCAAUUUUUAGGAAAAUAAGUUCACGUACAACAAUUGAGAAACCUUCGAUGGGCGCAGGGCAAAGUCAGGAAAUGCCUAUGGGCGAAGAAGAAACAAUUCCAGAGGAAAGACAACUCCAGCUGGAUUACAACAAACUGAAGUUUGAGGUGGAAAAGCUUUCAGAGGAGAACGCGUACUUGAAGCAACUGACGGCGUCCAUGCCAUCCGCCAGUGGAGUGUCACCAUCCAACUCGUCGAUAAGGAUGACCAAGCCGCAGCUAUACAACGGCAUAAAAAAGUAUCUGGGACCCACUUUGGCCGCUCUGGUGCGGAUGGAAAUGUUCGGAGGCUCCGAGGGUCGUACCUGGAAAGGUGACGAGCGGCGCUUUGCUGUUGAGCUGCUGCAGCUGGGCGAAAGUAUCUACGAGCAUUGCUGCGAGGAGUGGCGUUUUCGACUGCCGUCGCUUAGAACUGCACGCUCCUGGCUGGGUAGCAAAGAAUCGGAAGAUGUCGAUGAUUCAAUCGAUUUGUAGUCUUAAUUAUUGUUUAAUUCAUUAACUUUACCUUACUUUACUUUAAUAAUUAAAGUUAAUUC